AUGACCAGAUCUAGUCUACCUUCAAGAGCUUCGACGCUGGUAGUCGGCGGUGGACCGGCGGGUCUGGUCUCGCUGAAAUACACAGUGGAGUACGGUGAGAAAUGGGUUGAAGGUGAAGAACCGGUGUUGGUCGAGAUGGAAUCUGAGAUAGGAGGUACUUUCAGGUGGAGAGGUUAUGAGAAUGCGGAACUGGUCAGUAGUAAACAGUUGACGUGUUUCUCUGAUUUCCGAUACCCACUCUCUGCACCUGAUCAUCCUUCAUUACCAAACUUCGUCUCUUACCUCCAUUCUUACACUGAGCACUUCGGUAUUACCCCUUACAUCCACACAUCUACCAAACUCAUCUCACUCAACAAACUCCCAUCGCCCAAAGACGACUACAAACAUAUAGCCGUACUUCAACGUCUCGACUCCGACAAAAAACCUACCGGGGAACCUAUGUCGAUCCUAGCUAAGAGAGUCAUCAUCACAACGGGUCUACACGUCACACCCAAUAUCCCUCUUAUACCUGGUCUCAACUCCGAACCGAUCCCUCCAUCCGCACCAGAAUGGAUCCAUUCAUCCUCUUACAAAUCUCGCUCUCAACUGUCCAACAAGGAAGUCCUAAUUCUCGGAGCAGGUGAAACAGGUAUGGAUCUAGCUUACGAAUCUAUCAUGUCUACCUCCAAACGAGUAUGGUUAGGUGUUCGGACGGGAUUCUUGUCAUUUCCCAAAGUAUUGAAUAACUUUAGUAUAUUGGGAUAUACAUUUGAUGGUAAUUUACCUAUCGAUGGAUUGAUUACUAACUUAUUCGAAGAUGUUUAUGUUCAUCGAUGGAUCGCUCAAUCCCAUCUCCGAUGGUUCAUCUCCGAUUUCGUUAUUAGAAGGGUUAUGUGGGUUUUAACGGGUACAAAGGCAGGUUGUAAUCAGUGGUGUGGAGAAUUACCGCCUGAAAGACAAGGUAGAGCAUAUGUCUUCCUUAACAAAUCUGCUAAAGCAAUUAGAUUCAUCAAUCAACCGUAUUACAAAUUGUCAAAUAUACAUAAGAAGAUCGCUCAUUAUAUUGAUCCACCCUUACCUGAUGAUAUAAAAGAUAGAAAGAUUGAUAUUGUCCCUUUCCCCCAGAAAUUUGAUGAGAAUGGAAGAGCGGUCUUUGGAACACCACCCAAGCAUAGAUUGAAGGAAAAUGCUUGGAAGACAGAGGAAUGUAAACCUGAUUUGGUAGUGCUUUGUACGGGGUAUAAGCAGGAUUGGGAUUGGUUGGGUCAAGAAUAUCCUAAAGGACCGGAGGAAUGUGAAAUUAGAGGUGUGACCAGUGGGAAGGAUCUGUCAGUUGGAUUCGUAGGUUUUGUGAGACCUGGUGUAGGUGCGAUUCCACCCAUCGCAGAGAUGCAAACCCAGUUAUUCCUCUUACUUUCCCAAAACCGCAUACCGAUUCCCAAAUCACCAGAGACCUACCAUCUCUUGCACUCCCCAACAUCGCGUAUUCAAUAUGGUGUAGAUCAUUCUACGUACAUGUCGACGCUGGCUAAGGAUAUAGGUAGUUCGCCGGGAUUGUUUGAACUGUGGUGGGAAUAUGGGUGGUUUGUACUAUUUGUGUAUUGCUUCGGUGCAGCCUUCCCUACGUUCUAUCGACUUACCGGCCCAUACAGAUCGUCCAAAGCCCAGGGAAUAGUAGAAACUGAAUUAUGGGAGACGAUCAGACGUCGUGGGCCCUUGGGUAAUAUCUUUAUGGGUGUUAUACCUAUGACCUUCUACGCUAUAAUCAAUAUUUCUGCGUAUCUGAUUGAGAAAACCUGGUCAUUCUCCGCUCCUUUAUUCGGACUACCGCCUCCUCCCGAUAACAUCAUGGACUAUUACUCGAAUGAUAAGAACGGAAACGCAGAUGUCAGUGUCAAAGUGAAUUAG